ACUUUAAUACAAAUAUUAAUAAUUAAUUCCACAAUUCAAACUCGUUACCUGUAGGUAAUACGAAAACAACUUUACCGUUGCUCUACUUUCCACCUAUCAUUAUGAUUAUCACAAAAAAAGAAAGAAGUAAAAGUGUACAAUUUGCUCACUUCUACCUACUUUGUUGUACUACCAAAGUGGACCACGAUGUCCCUGGUAUUUCCUCAAUUGGUGAACCAAUUGCAUCUAUAACAACUGUAUAGUUGAAUUUUAUAGCUUAAAAUCAAGAAUCCAAAACCCCCAAUACUAAGAUCUUUGAGCAUAUCCUUCUUUUGCCAUGGCAACUCAAGUGCACAAACUUCAUUUCAUACUAUUCCCUUUAAUGGCUCCAGGCCACAUGAUUCCUAUGAUAGACAUAGCUAAACUUCUAGCAAAUCGCGGUGUCAUUACCACUAUCAUCACCACUCCAGUAAACGCCAAUCGUUUCAGUUCAACAAUUACUCGUGCCAUAAAAUCCGGUCUAAGAAUCCAAAUUCUUACACUCAAAUUUCCAAGUGUAGAAGUAGGAUUACCAGAAGGUUGCGAAAAUAUUGACAUGCUUCCUUCUCUUGACUUGGCUUCAAAGUUUUUUGCUGCAAUUAGUAUGCUGAAACAACAAGUUGAAAAUCUCUUAGAAGGAAUAAAUCCAAGUCCAAGUUGUGUUAUUUCAGAUAUGGGAUUUCCUUGGACUACUCAAAUUGCACAAAAUUUUAAUAUCCCAAGAAUUGUUUUUCAUGGUACUUGUUGUUUCUCACUUUUAUGUUCCUAUAAAAUACUUUCCUCCAACAUUCUUGAAAAUAUAACCUCAGAUUCAGAGUAUUUUGUUGUUCCUGAUUUACCCGAUAGAGUUGAACUAACGAAAGCUCAGGUUUCAGGAUCGACGAAAAAUACUACUUCUGUUAGUUCUUCUGUAUUGAAAGAAGUUACUGAGCAAAUCAGAUUAGCCGAGGAAUCAUCAUAUGGUGUAAUUGUUAAUAGUUUUGAGGAGUUGGAGCAAGUGUAUGAGAAAGAAUAUAGGAAAGCUAGAGGGAAAAAAGUUUGGUGUGUUGGUCCUGUUUCUUUGUGUAAUAAGGAAAUUGAAGAUUUGGUUACAAGGGGUAAUAAAACUGCAAUUGAUAAUCAAGAUUGCUUGAAAUGGUUAGAUAAUUUUGAAACAGAAUCUGUGGUUUAUGCAAGUCUUGGAAGUUUAUCUCGUUUGACAUUAUUGCAAAUGGUGGAACUUGGUCUUGGUUUAGAAGAGUCAAAUAGGCCUUUUGUAUGGGUAUUAGGAGGAGGUGAUAAAUUAAAUGAUUUAGAGAAAUGGAUUCUUGAGAAUGGAUUUGAGCAAAGAAUUAAAGAAAGAGGAGUUUUGAUUAGAGGAUGGGCUCCUCAAGUGCUUAUACUUUCACACCCUGCAAUUGGUGGAGUAUUGACUCAUUGCGGAUGGAAUUCUACAUUGGAAGGUAUUUCAGCAGGAUUACCAAUGGUAACAUGGCCACUAUUUGCUGAGCAAUUUUGCAAUGAGAAGUUAGUAGUCCAAGUGCUAAAAAUUGGAGUGAGCCUAGGUGUGAAGGUGCCUGUCAAAUGGGGAGAUGAGGAAAAUGUUGGAGUUUUGGUAAAAAAGGAUGAUGUUAAGAAAGCAUUAGACAAACUAAUGGAUGAAGGAGAAGAAGGACAAGUAAGAAGAACAAAAGCAAAAGAGUUAGGAGAAUUGGCUAAAAAGGCAUUUGGAGAAGGUGGUUCUUCUUAUGUUAACUUAACAUCUCUGAUUGAAGACAUCAUUGAGCAACAAAAUCACAAGGAAAAAUAGUAAAUUAUGAUUAUUUUUUUUCUAUAUUUUUUUUUGUGGAUUCUCUGUUACUAGUUUAUCUUACACAUUUGCCUUGGAUUGUUUGGGUUUAAGCUAAGA